CCGGCCUGGCUGUGUGCGGGAGGGAGCCGAGCCCGCGCCUCGCAGCCCGCACCUGCUCCAGUCAGGGACGCUCGCUGCCGGCCGCGGUGCCGCCGCCGUGUCACCCCAAGUCUCCUCACCGAGAAGAUCCUGGCGCACCCGGCCCGGCCCGAGCACGUCUGCUGUGUGUCCCGUCCAGGGCUCAGCGCCCCCGCUGCUGCCAUCGCUGCCUCGAUGUUCCAGCUGCCCAUCCUGAAUUUCAGCCCCCAGCAAGUGGCCGGGGUCUGCGAGACGCUGGAGGAGAGCGGCGAUGUGGAGCGCCUGGGUCGCUUCCUGUGGUCGCUGCCCGUGGCCCCUGCGGCCUGUGAGGCCCUCAACAAGAACGAGUCGGUGCUGCGCGCGCGAGCCAUCGUGGCCUUUCACGGUGGCAACUACCGCGAGCUCUACCACAUCCUGGAAAACCACAAAUUCACCAAGGAGUCUCACGCCAAGCUGCAGGCACUGUGGCUCGAAGCGCACUACCAGGAGGCGGAGAAGCUGCGCGGACGGCCGCUGGGGCCAGUGGACAAGUACCGCGUCAGGAAGAAGUUCCCGCUGCCUCGAACCAUUUGGGACGGCGAGCAGAAGACUCACUGCUUCAAGGAGCGCACGAGGCACCUGCUCCGAGAAUGGUACCUGCAGGACCCAUACCCCAACCCCAGCAAAAAACGUGAGCUCGCCCAGGCAACCGGACUGACCCCCACGCAGGUGGGCAACUGGUUCAAAAACCGCCGACAAAGGGACCGGGCGGCUGCAGCAAAGAACAGAUUGCAGCAGCAGGUUCUGUCGCAAGGCUCCGGGCGGACGCUGCGGGCAGAGGGCGAAGGUACGCCCGAGAUGUUGGGCGUCGCCGCCAGCCCAGCUGCCAGUCUAUCCAGCAAGGCAGCUACCUCGGCCAUCUCCAUCACCUCCAGCGACAGCGAGUGCGACAUCUGAGUUGUCCAAGCAGCACGCUCAGACACGAGUCCAGUGUCAAAAUAAGAUAAACAAAAAGGAGAAAGAGGAUGCGAGACCAGAAAAUCCAGCGCUAGCGAAGUCAGGUGGCCAGGGACCCGCGGGUUGCAACCUCCACCUCCACCGACGUCGCCCAGCUCCGGUGGCUCCUUCGGCCGCCGCUACCGCAGGGGCCCGCGGUGAGGCCAGACUGGCACCACUGUUCUCUUCGCUUUGCUUUUUCCUGCGGGUUUUGCAGCAAAGAUGCGUUCGGAACCCGAAUUGCACGCUGAGCGCCUGCCCUGAGUCUCCUGUGGGUAUUUCACGUCAAAGGACGCUGUUAUAUAACUUUUGCU